GGCCGCCAGCUGUUGGUGGGUUACUGGGGCCAAAACGGAGCUGGACCUGCAAAUGGCCGGCCAAACUGGGAGAAACCGCUGUCAGAAGUCUGUCAGACAACAAAGUACGACAUCCUUGCCUGUAUCCUUCGUCAUAGUAUUCUUUGAUCCAAGGAACAAAGGUAUCUCGAAUGUAUGACAUCUUACUGAUGUCUGAAAGUAAUUUUAUUAGGGUCACCGAGAAUCACCAAGAAUCACUGAGAAGUGUAAUGUGUAUGGACUUUCAACCUAACUGGUCCCGGUAGCUCAAUCGAGGAGCGCCGGUCUGCUAAGAAGAAGGUGACAGGUUCAAGCCUCGUGGCGGAUAACCAAUCAAGGCUUCAAAAACGUCAUAAUAUCAUGUUUCAGAAACACUUGUUUGAGAAACAAAAUCUGUGAAAUCAUUUUUUUUUCGGACGUUUUAUCAUCCGUUUUCUGACAUAAACAAAACUUUGGGGCUGAUCUAUGUCAAGUAAUCGGAAGAAAGGAAUCCGACUUUUUUUUCAUCAGGCGUCUCUACAGAUCGAACAAUAGACAAAAGCGAAACGGACAUCAUGCCGCAGAUACAAGGCUACUUGAUUGUUCUUUUUUGUCCUUAAGAAUGCCUGCACUUAACUUUGCCUACCACUGCGAGACUCCAGUUUCGGCAGAGUAUCCAUUUCUACUUCGAUGCCCUAAAAUAGAGGAAGGAAUAAAGGAAUGUCAGAGGCGAGGAAAGAAAGUUAUUAUGUCCAUUGGAGGAGCCACGGGAGACGGAACUCUACCCGAUCCUGAUAAGGCCAGAGAGUUUGCAAGAACGCUGUUCAGGUUGUUUCUUGGGGGCAGCGGAAAUGAAACAAUACGACCAUUUGGAAAGUAUGAUUCACAACGAAUUUUUCAAUAAACCUGUAAACUGGAAACCCUUUAGUUCAGCAUAGCGAAACCUAAAAUUCUCUAAACGGGCUAUUGAUUGAAAAAAAAUACACGCUAGAUCCACAGCUAUGUUGUUGGUGUCAUUUUCUCCUUCUUGAAUGUUUCACGUAAUGUUAUUUGGUUUCUUUUCGUUACUGAAUUAUAGCGCAAUAAUGGACGGUAUUGACAUGGAUAUUGAAGGCGGCACAGGCGACAAAUAUCCUGUAUUUAUCAAAGAGUUACGAAAACUUAUGGACAACGAUCCAAAAAUAAACUAUCUGAUCUCUGGUGCGCCGCAGUGCCCAUACCCUGAUCAUUAUCUUGGACCAGAAAGACCCGGAUCUGGUAAUCGUGCAGUGUUCCUUUUUGUAUUUUGAAAGCAUAAGACUGAAAAUACUCAAUUACUUUGGCCUUGACAACAACCGGAUGCAAUUAUAAAGAUUUGAAAAACAAUAGCCCUUACUCAUUGUGACCGCUGUAGUCAUUUCACUGUAGUUGUGAGAGAACUUCUCAUGAGAUCGAUUUGAAGAAAGUUCUCAUCUUCAUUUCGGUUUAUCCCAGAGUUUAUAUCUGUGAAUUAUAUUUAUGAAAUGAUGAAAAUAUGAAUUUCAUGUAAUUUUUCAUCCCUCAGUUCAUAUAUUAAAUUCAUCAUCAUUCCCAGGUAUAUUACGAACCAAUUUAAUGACCACCUAACAGUUGUCUUGCCAACUCAAUUGGUUAGAGCGCCCCAUAGGUCAGUGAUAGGUAUCGCAGAGAUCAAGGUAUCAGGGAUCGAAUCCCGACAAAACUGAAGUUUUUCAAGAUUUUUUUUAACUAUGAAGAUCUUCUAUGCAUUUAAUUACAUCAAUAUCACGCCUUUUUCAACAAUUCCUUUUCGGAGCAUAAACUUUGUCCUUAAAGCCCUUGAUAGCACCUUAAAGUUUCUUGUCGUGUAUUUUAUAACUCGUCUUUCUCAAUUGUCAUUUUCAAGUUUGGAAGAUGCUGGUCCGUGGUGGAUAACCUCUAUAUACAGUUCUACAACAACUACUGCCACACAGGCGCAGGAAGAUGGUUUAUUAAUACUUUGAAUCAAUGGUUAGCGUUCUCCAAAAGAAUGAAACCAAAAGGUCCACUGAUUUUUAUCGGUCUCCCGCAGGCUACCAGAGCAUCAAGUGGUGCGCAAUAUAGCAGGCCUCCUGCUGAAUUGACUGCAAUGUAUCAGGUAGGUCAGUACAGGACGUCAAAAACCAAAGCAGGAACUAAGCACUUGUCUAUUACAAUGCGUUAAUACACUUUCUAAAGUUAAUAAGCGAUGCAGAACCCCAAACUCUUAAAUAUUCUUAUCCUGUUUUACGGUCAGUAAAGAAUCUUCAAGGGAUCGGUGGAAUCAUGUUAUGGGACGUUUCCUGGGACCAAAACAAUGUAAUAAAUGGUCAGCGGUACUCAGACUAUGCCUUUAAAGAGCUUGGAGGCGUAACAGAGCCUCCAACGGUUACCAUCCAGGUCCCACCUCCGCCAUACACCACUCCCCCC